GGAUUGUAUUGUGGUCAAAUCUUUUGUUUACUAAUUUCAAAAUCUAAGUAAACACUUUGAUUAAACAACAAAAUAAAUUAUAAAAGUUAUUUAAACAAAGCGUUUACCAUAUCUUCAUAGACCGGUUCAACAUGUCACAUAUUUCCGAAGACUAUUUAAGUGGAGUAGUACGUCGGAUAGCAAUGGUGUGUCAGCUCAGUAAUUGGAGUUUUGUACAAGAAAAGUUUGUGAAUAUGGCACAGAAUUACUUUGGAGAAUUAAUACCGAUCACAUUGUCCGGUACACGUAAUGGGUUUUCAGUGUCAUACAAUAUAGUUUUAAAAUUGGCGCCGAUUAACGAGGAGUAUCGAGUGAGCGGUGCCGUAACCGUGAUGUUUGCGAGGGAAACAUACGUGUAUUCUACUCUUCUCAAAGCCUACAGGGAGAUACAACAAAAUUUGCCAGCCCAGUCCCAGUAUGUUAUACCUAAAUGCUACUAUGUUCACCAAGAAUACCUCAAGGAGGCUAUAGCUCUGCAGGACAUGACUGUUGAAGGAUAUAGGCCCUAUGUACAUGACAUGUUCUUGGAUCUAGAUCACACUCUGAUAUCUCUAAAGAGUCUUGCUAAACUUCAUUCUCUGUCAUUUAUUUUACAAAAUAAGAAACCUCAGCAGUUUGUGGACAUUAUGACUAUAUGUGUGCCUUUGACUGAGAAUACAAACUCAAGGUACAUGGAUAUAAUGAAAGAUAGACUAGAUAAGGCAUUGAAAAAGUUUCCAGCCUCACAGAUAACCCCAGUCUUACAAAAGUUGAGGAAGAACUGUGCCAGAUAUUUUAAAGCCGCUGUCUCUUCAGUACAAAAUACUUGUAUUUGUCAUGGAGACGUUUGGAAAGAAAAUAUUAUGUUCAAAUAUGAGGGUAACAAGCCGGUGUCUGCAUGCAUGAUAGACUAUCAAACAACAAGAAAGUGUAGUCCAGCAUUUGAUGUGAUGUAUCUAAUAUUGAGCAGUACAAACUCGGAGCUGAGGAACAAAUACUUGCAGCAACUGAUGGAAAUAUACUACAGGACGUUUGAAAUAGCAAUAAAGGAGGCCGGUAUUUCACCACAGACCUUAUAUUCUAGGCAAAUGUUUGAUAGUGACAUGAAGGUGGUAGCGCCUGCUUGCUUGAUAACAGCUAACACCGCACUAUGGCUGUCAAGUGGUUUGCAAGAGGAGGGACAUGUGAGGAGCAAACAUGUUUGGAGUACCAAGGAGGAGAAAGAUAAGGCUGUGGAAAAGUAUAAAACAAUUAUAUCAACAAUGAUAGAUGAUCUUACUAAUUUUGGAUACAUAUCUAUUGAUGAAUUGUAAGGCCGCAAUAUGUUUAUGUCUAGAAUAUUACUAAAGACUGUAUGAAGUUAAUUUUACAGGAAUGUUAUACUAUUAUAUUUUUCUCUAUCAAUACAGAAUACAAUAGAAUGAAAUGCCAUGUUAAUCAAAAAAAUAAUAACAUUUUUAAUCACAAUAACAAUGUUAACGGCAGCUAAUAUUCUUAUAUCGGAAAGAAAAGUAAUCUCAUAAUAAGAAAUGAAAUAAAUAAAUAUGCAAUUUCAUGUAAAUAAGUUAUGGUGAACCAAAACUGAUUUUUGGUUAAUUGUUAUGUACAUACAAAUUAUAUUUAGGAUUUACACCGAGCCAAAUUGUUGAAUAAUUUUACAUAACAUAAAUAAUUAAGGUUUUAA